AUGGAUAAGCAUUAUUUCAUAACUCGUUAUGUCUCAUUUGUAUGGCUGCUUUGUGUAAUAUUGCUCUCAACUACCAUCGUUGGUGCUUAUACUUCAAAUAAUUGUAGCGAUAUUGAGAGGGAAGCCUUGAUUUCCUUCAAACAAGGCUUGUUAGAUCCUUCUGCUCGACUUUCUUCUUGGGUCGGCCAUAAUUGCUGUCAAUGGCAUGGCAUAACUUGUAAUCCCAUUUCAGGAAAAGUCAUUAAAAUUGAUCUACACAAUUCAUUGGGCUCUGCCCUUUCUCAAUUUGUUGAGUAUGGAGAUCUAGAACGACCUUGGAUAGAUCUCAAGUAUUUCUUACGAGAGUUCCAAAAGACUUGCUUGACAGGGAAAAUAAGUCACUCUCUACUUGAGCUCAAAUAUUUGUACUAUUUGGACUUGAGUUUCAAUGAUUUUGAAGGUGCUUCAAUCCCAUAUUUCCUUGGGAUGCUCAAAAGUUUAAGGUAUCUCAAGCUUUCUUCUGCUAAUUUUAGUGGACAGAUUCCCAUUUAUCUUAGAAAUUUGACUAAUUUGAGUUAUCUAGAUCUUUCCGACGAACGAGGAUUCAUGUUACAUGUUAAAAACUUGCAAUGGCUCUCCGGUCUUUCUUCUCUUGAGUACCUUAAUCUUGGAGGUGUGAAUUUAAUUAGUGUUGAAAGAAAUUGGAUGCAUACAAUCAAUGGACUUUCUUCUUUAUCAGAGCUGCACUUAAGUAAUUGUGGUAUUUUAAGUUUCGAUACUUCAAUUGCUUUUUUAAAUCUCACUUCACUUAGAGUUCUUGAUUUAUCAAGUAAUUUGAUAAAUUCUUCCAUACCUUUAUGGCUAUCGAAUUUGACUAGUCUUUCAACACUUGAUUUAAAUAACAAUAUUUUUCGAGGAACAAUUCCUCAUAAUUUUGUGAAAUUGAAAAAUCUCCAAGUUCUUGAGUUGACUGGGAAUAGUUUGAGUAAUGAUAUUGGAGAUCACACCCCUCCAAUCUUUUCACAAAAUCUUUGUAAGUUACGAUUUUUGCACCUUGCAUACAAUCAUUAUGAUUUUAAACUGGGAACUUUUUUGGAUAGUUUCUCAAAUUGUUCUCGCAAUAGGUUGGAAUCCUUGGAUUUGGUAGGUAAUAAAAUUGUGGGAGAGAUACCAAAUUCACUAGGGACAUUCAAGAAUCUUCGAUUCUUGAAUCUUUCUGAUAAUUUUUUAUGGGGUUCACUUCCAAAUUCAAUAGGUAAUUUGUCAUUAUUGGAGCAUCUACAUGUUUCGAGUAAUGUUUUGAAUGGAACUAUACCUUCGAGUUUUGGUCAACUUUCAAAAUUGGUUUAUUACGAAGACUAUGGGAAUUCAUGGAAUACAACUAUAACAGAAGUUCACUUAAUGAACUUGACAGAAUUGAAAAUCCUUCAAGUGUGGACGAAAAGUAUACAAACUUUUGUUUUCAACAUCACAUACGAUUGGAUUCCUCCCUUUAGUCUCAAGAUACUUUUUUUGGAAAAUUGUCUCAUUCGCUCUCAAUUUCCAAUUUGGCUUCGAACUCAAACUCAACUAUCUGAGAUUGUUCUCUCUAAUGUUGGGAUUUUUGGCUCUCUACCAAACGAGUGGAUUUCUAAGGUAUCUUCUCAAGUCAUUAGGUUGGAUUUGUCCUACAACUUAUUCAAUCUAAAGCUAUCUCACAUAUUCACAUCCCAUCAGAAAAAUGAUAGCGGUGAAAAUGAUUCAAUUAUUCCCUUAAGAUAUCCUAAUCUAAGACACUUAGAUCUUCGAAAUAAUCAAUUGUUGGGCACUAUACCCUUAACCAUCAAUGAUCCAAAACCCAAUUUGUAUAGAUUAGAUUUGUCAGAAAAUAAUCUCCAUGGUACAAUUCCAUCAUCCAUUAAAACCAUGAAUCAUCUUGAAGUACUUUCAAUGUCACACAACCAACUUUCAGGGAAGCUCUUUGACGAUUGGAGUAGACUCAAAUCAUUACUCGUUGUUGAUUUAGCCAAUAACAAUCUUCACGGAAAAAUCCCAACCACAAUAGGUUUGUUGACAUCCCUCAACAAAUUGAUGUUGAACAACAACAAUCUCCAUGGAGAAAUUCCCAAUUCUUUGCAGAAUUGUUCACUCCUCACAAGCCUUGAUCUUUCUGAAAAUAUAUUCUUAACCGGAAACCUACCGUCAUGGUUAGGAGUAGCUGUGCCAAAGCUACAAUUGUUAAACCUACGGUCGAACCGUUUCAGUGGAACCAUCCCAAGACAAUGGUGCAAUCUUUCUGCCAUCUGUGUGCUAGAUCUAUCAAACAACCAUCUUGAUGGGAAGCUCCCAAAUUGUUUGCAUAACUGGAAAUUUUUCGUGCAAGAUUACUACAGAGAUGGAUUGAGAUCUUAUCAAACCAAUAGUGGAGCCUAUUACAGUUAUGACGAAAAUACAAGAUUGGUUAUGAAAGGAAUGGAAUCUGAAUACAAUACUAUUCUUGACUCGGUUUUGACAAUAGAUCUUUCAAGGAAUAAAUUGACUGGUGAAAUUCCAAAGGAGAUUACAAACCUUGUCCAACUUGAUACCUUAAACUUAUCGAACAACAACUUUGUUGGUAUCAUACCAGAAAAUAUUGGAGCCAUGAAGAAAUUAGAGACAUUGGAUCUGUCAUACAACAAUCUGAGUGGCAGAAUUCCUGCCAGUCUAGCUUCACUAAAUUUCUUGACACAUUUGAAUAUGUCAUUCAACAAUUUAACAGGAAAAAUACCAAUGGGUAAUCAACUUCAGACGUUGGAAGAUCCCUCCAUCUAUGAAGGGAAUCCUUCUUUAUGUGGACCUCCUCUUCAAAUCAAGUGUGCAGGAGAUGAAAGUUCAAACAAUGUUCUUGUUUCAACAAGUGAAGAAGAAAAAGAAUAUGGCAAUGAAAAUGACUUGGAAAUGGUUGGCUUCUAUAUUAGUAUGGCAAUUGGUUUUCCAGUUGGAAUCAACAUAUUGUUCUUUACCAUUUUCACAAACGAAGCAAGAAGAAUAUUCUACUUUGGUUUUGUGGAUGAUGUCAAUUACAAAAUACUCCAAAUAAUUGAUUUUCUUAUAGUUGGUGUGAGGAGAAUGAUGAGAUGGAGAUGA